UGUCCCCAGGUGUGCAAGUACCCGCCAGUACAAACAAAAGUGGCACACGCGGGCGCACCAUGGUGAACGGCCCACAACCGAUACAUAUCAAAUAACGCACUGAUUAACUUACUAUAUCUAGUACUAAUAUACUCUACCUAUAAACUAUAUACUCUCGCGAUAUUUACACUUACUAUUGUGGAUUUGGGACAUUUAGGGGUUUAGUACUUUUUGGUAUAUUUUGGGGGGUCGGCUAGUUCUGUGGGGGGUGUUCGAAGUGUCGACCGUGGAGGCGGAAGGCGGUGCGCUGUUAGGGCGGCUGGGGGGCGCGCUGCGCGGGGGCGCCGCCGCCGCCUCGCCCGCGCGGGUCGCCAGCACCAUCAGGGGCUACCUCUCCAACAAGGUCGGCUCGCUGCAGCUCAGAGACACAGGUUCCGAACUCCCUCUCGAGGUCCCGCCGAAGGACGACGCGUAAAUGUGUGAGCGACACGCGAAUAUCACAACGAGGGCAACCCUAGCCCUCCUCUGAAGAUGAGCACAGGACCCCACAACAGAUAGAAUCAUAUAAACGUGAUAAAAAUAAUCCAAGAUGGCGGAGGGACCACAAUCGAUAUGGCAGAAGAUCGACAACGCGGUCAUCCCGAUGGUGAACCUGGAGGUGCGGGAGGUGCGGGAGAUACUGUGGGAGAAGAUCAAGGAGCCGACCUCGCAGAGGAAGAUCAUCCUGGUUAUUGUAUCCAUAGCGCUGUUACUAGACAACAUGUUGUACAUGGUGAUCGUACCCAUCAUUCCCGACUACCUUAGGUACAUUGGCGCCUGGGGCGAGGCAGGAUAUGACCAUGUAGUCACUCUAGCGCCCUACAAGGAAGGCAAUAAGACCAUCACACCGACCAAAAUCAUCCCAGCAUCACAUGAGGGCCAGGACUCAGCGACAGGCGUCCUGUUCGCGUCAAAGGCUAUCGUGCAACUCAUGAUUAACCCAUUCUCUGGUGCCUUAAUCGACCGCAUCGGGUACGACGUGCCCAUGAUGAUCGGACUCAUCAUUAUGUUCCUCUCUACAUCGAUCUUCGCCUGCGGCCGGAGCUACAGCAUGCUGUUCUUUGCGAGGAGUUUGCAAGGCGUGGGCUCUGCCUUCGCUGAUACAUCGGGACUCGCGAUGAUAGCCGAUAGGUUUACUGAAGAAAAUGAGAGAUCUAAAGCUCUUGGGAUUGCCCUGGCCUUCAUCAGCUUUGGUUGCCUAGUCGCUCCCCCAUUCGGAGGUGCUUUGUACCAGUUCGCAGGAAAAGAGGUCCCAUUCUUGAUUCUAGCGUUGAUAUCAUUGAUGGACGGGUUCAUGCUGCUCCUGGUAAUGAAACCUCUAAAAACGCAAAUCAAAGAAGCUAGAGAGCCCAAACCCGAGAGUACUCCUAUCUGGAAGCUACUGAUGGAUCCUUACAUAGCGGUCUGCGCAGGCGCUCUGAUGAUGUCUAACGUAGCGUUGGCGUUCCUUGAGCCAACUAUAUCGCUAUGGAUGGAGGACAAUCUGACCAAAGACAACUGGAAGAUCGGAAUGAUUUGGCUACCAGCGUUCUUCCCCCACGUACUCGGUGUGAUCAUUACUGUCAAAAUGGCAAAGAAGUAUCCUCAGCAGCAAUGGCUGAUGGCAGCCGGUGGUCUUGCAUUGGAAGGCUUGUGUUGCUUUAUAAUACCGUUCGCAAAUUCGUACAAAAUGUUGAUGAUACCUAUCUGUGGCAUUUGCUUCGGUAUUGCCCUCAUUGACACGGCGUUACUGCCUACUCUCGGUUACUUAGUCGACGUGCGAUAUUCAUCUGUGUACGGGAGCAUCUACGCCAUCGCCGAUAUAUCGUAUUCUUUCGCGUACGCUGUAGGACCCAUAAUUGCUGGAGAAGUGGUGGAAGCCAUAGGCUUCACCGCUUUGAAUCUGUUCAUCGCAUUCAGCAACCUCUUGUACGCUCCAGUGCUCAUGUACCUCCGGCACAUCUACGACUUCAAACCGUUUGAGAAUGAGGCCAACAUUCUCAUGGCUGACCCGCCAGACAAGGAGUAUCAGACCUACAGCUUGCAAGACCAGCGUCCCGUAAAUGGGGAGUAUAAGAACCAUCUGGAGUACUCCAACGUGUCAGGGCAAGUGGCUGGGACUGAGGAAUCAAACGUAGAUUCGGGCGCUGGAUACAGCUAUGACCAGUCGUAUCAAGGAGGGUAUCAGAACUACAGCCAGGGGUAUGAGCAGCAGCAGCAGCAGCCGCAACAGGGCUACCAGCAGGAGUACCAGGAGCAGUAUAGUCAACAGCGGCAGCUACCCGCGCAGCCGCAGGCUCCCGCCAGCAACCCGUUCCGCGCGGGUACCGCGGCGGCCGCGCCCGCGCCUGCUCCAGCGCCCGCGGCGCAGCCCACUAUCAAAAACCCCUUCAGGCAAGGCUUCUAAAUUCACUCCAAAAUCAGUGUUGUUGUCGAUAUUUUUGAAUUUACUUGUUGUGUAAUUAUAAAUGUCCUAUUUGGGUAGACGUCAGCUGUUCGGUACAUUUUCUUGUGAUGUUACUAGUCGAACUAUUUACAAGUUAAAAUACAAACUUCUAUUAAUUUACAAGUUAAAGACAAAACAAUACAAUAGCUUGUAUGGUAGCAUCGCAGGGAGGUGUAGCGGACACUUGACAAUAGUACUUCGAUCACUGAGCCGUAUUGUAUCGGCGCGUUAUUAUAUGUCUGAUAGAUGUCUAUACUAGCUGUGCUUGUAAUGUAGACUAUAUUCCGGGUCCAUUGGCAACACUACUUUUACUGAUUAAAUGAAGAAUAAUAUCUCGAAGAGAAGAAUGAGUUUUUUGGUAAGGAUGCGUUAUACACAGAAAACUCAAAAUUUAUACAGAAAAAUAAUGAGUUACUUAAUACGCGUGUAGAUAUAUAUGUAUGGUCAAAGGAGCGUGGAAAUAAUCAAAGGAGAAUGGUAAACUUAUGAUGGGAAACUAAAAGUACUGUUGCUAAACCCGUUGUUUUCUUGUUGAUUAAUAUUCUGAUAUAAACAACUGUUAUGCCUUUUAAUAGUAUAUAGAAUAUAUCUGACGUGAGAAUUAUAUAAACUAUAACAAUUAUAUAACAUGUGUAUAAGAAGAUAUUCAAAUGUGGAGGUGCAGCAAAUGCGGAGGACAACAUAUGUACGCUACAUUUAACCAAGUUGGUGGAUAUACAACCCUAUUAUAAAGAUAAUAAGGAUCAAAAAUGUAUAUGAAAUCAGUACUCAGGUAAAGAUCCUCCGUGUUUGGCGUGUUUCUAUAAAUAUAGAUGUACUAAACUCGGGAAAUGAACCAUAUUUAAUGAAGAAUACAAAUUCUAACUAUUAAAGUUUUUCCCACUGUUAUAUCGCUAAGUAGUCGAUAGCUAUAGUCUAAGGUAGAUAUUUUAAAAGUUCAGCACAAGUAUGAUACACGCACUCAUCACGUAAGGGCCUAAAUAUUUAUUUGUAACUCUCGGCACUUACUGGCGACCAUACAGUGUGUUGCCAGAACUGAAGUAUUAAUGAUAUUCAGACAACACCCUGUAAUGUACGCCUACCAAUCGUAACUGUCGCGUGAACGUUACGAUACCUGUACAUAAUCAUAAACAUAUCAAAAUAGUACUUAUCGUAAAUCAAUUAAAUCUCAAAAUGCGAUGUAUCUUAAAUAUAUUUUUAGAAAUUAUAAAUGUAUGUCGUAUGCUAACCCAGCAAUACUAAGCUAAGUAUCAUCGUAUCUCGCUUCGAUAUCAAUUAAUUCGAUAAAUAUCAAUUAUAAUAUCAAUUAGACAUAAUAUAGAGUUAGUCAACGUGAUAAGUUGCAACCAAGGUAACGAAACAUAUCAGAAUCUUUUGAUUCACGUAGAUUAAGUAAGCUUAUAUAGACUUAUACAUUAAUUAUAACAUUAUAUAUAUAAUUUACGAGGUAUAUUUUGUGUAAGUGUACAGUAGUUAGUAUGUGUUUCUGUCGUUGACUUUACUGAGGUAGGUUCGUACCAUCAGCACACAGCAUGGCGCUGUCGACAGGCCGGGGGGAGCGAAGGGGUCUCGAUAGACGAGGGGGCAUGAUUAAAUAUCACAUGUCAAAAAUGAUAGAACUUUAAAUAAAAAAGAUUGGGUAUGUCGUUGAUGAAUUAAAGAUUAAUAAAAAACAACCAAAUACGUCAUAAAUAAAGACUAGACAACAGACAUGCCUCAAAAGAAAAUAACAAUGGUGAUUGAGAAGUUAGUUAACAACACAUUAAUAUUACCGACGUGUAUUGAAUAAAACAUUAUGAAUUGGACGCAUAGUAUUAUAAAAUAUCUAAUAAGAGUUGGAAAAGGGUUCAAAAAGGAAAGGGUUGUUAAUAAAAUGAAAUAAAAGUCUCCUGGGCUCCUCCCGACCGACCGACACGAAUAACAUUUCGCAGACGACUGAGCAACAAGAGUCAAAAUUAAAAGAUAACUAAAAUAAUUGUACAAGAAAACGUGACGCGCCCGAUAUGUCAAUUGAGAGUGUAUAAAGUUAAAAAAGUGAUUAUUGUGAAUAAAACUAUUCGUUAAAAUUAUUACUGUCGUAAACGUUGCUAAGGUUAAUCAGUUGCCGUUCCCAUGGAAACCAAUCCGGUAUAGUUUUUGAGUUGAAAAAUGGUACUUUAAAUGAUUUGUGGUUUAGUACCCAGCCUGCAGAGUACAAUAGAGACCGUAGCAGUUGUCAGGAGCGCACUACUUAAUUGUUUCGCACAAACAUUUCCAUACUUUCAAACUAUUAGGUAGAGAGAGAGGAACUAUUGUAAAAGUCGUUUGGGAGGUACAUGUUGCAGUAAUUUAUACUCAAACAACUUCAACAUGUACUGGGGCUGGUUAAUGAAUUCAGAGUGAAUGUGUAUUUAUGGUAAUACCAAGCUUGUUACGGAGGAUCAAAGGACCUCUCUCGUACACGUAUUCGUAAGUUUAGAGUCAAUUUUCGUGUCAAAUUCUCCCGAAAUUCAAUUAAUUAGUAGAUUGUGAGCACAAAGACGUAAUAUUUAUUGUACGAGUAUAUUUAAGUACGUAACUUGCUAAGUGAGUUCUGAUCGGCUUGCAAUCUUACAUCCACUUAUAUUAUAACAAAACAUAAUAUAUCGUUACGCUGUUCAAGAUCCAAAGGAAUACUACACAAAGGUGUAUUUAACCGUUUAAAAAGUACACAGGAUUGGUCAACUACAUAUGCAUAUAUAUAUUGACAUCUUUGAAGCGAGUCUUAAACAUUUGAAGAUUAAUUAAUAAAAGUAUAUACAUACUAAUUAAUAAAAUUAUAUACCUACCAGUUCUCAGACCCUCGAUCAGAACCCACAAGCGAAUUAUAGUUAGCAGUGUAUUAAGUUGUGUAUUGUGGGAAUUAUAUACAUAUAAUUGUGUACUAUUUGUGUACUAUUAUAUCAGCAAUAAACGCCAGUAUCGCAGACAUAUCAUUAGGUUUAAGAUAUACAAUCUUACAAUUUUAUACUUAUGCGUAUACCUAUUUUUUGAUAAUAAGAUUGUCAUAUUAAUUAUAUUAGUAUUGUAUACACCAAUUAUAAUAUUAUCUUUCGUGAU